CUGUGAUUGGUCGAGCGCUGCUGCAUGGCCGCCUUGCGCCUGUCAAGCUGCACAAAACGGCUGGCCGUUCGUUUGUUUGUUUCGUUAACACCUGCAACGAACAGACAAUAAGGAGAACUAGAAUUACACGUUUCACUUUUUUCCCCCCCCUCUGAGACCCAGCAAAUAUGGACGUCGAAGAAGAUUCCUCGCGCUGACUGACGCGAAUCACGUCGAGUCGGCUGCCUUCCGCCGGGGGGAAACGGGCCGCUUCCGUGACGACCGACGAGGAUGAAGAGAGAAAAGCGACUUAAAAGCUUAAAAGUACGCAGCGUCAUUGGGUUCCGACGCCAUCGAGAAGAUUCAGCAGAGGGGUUUUCAAAUGAAAAUGGAGGAUAUGGCCCUGUCAGGCCCAGACAACAACACCAGGCUGGAGGCCUUGGUCCACGACAUCUACUCUGAGCUGGUGGAGGACGCCUGCCUAGGCCUUUGCUUUGAGGUGCAUCGCGCCGUCAAGCACGGCUACUUCUUCCUGGACGACAUCGACCCGGAGAGCGCCAAAGAAUUUGAGAUUGUGGACCAGCCAGGACUGGACAUCUUUGGCCAGGUGUACAACCAGUGGAAGAACAAGGAGUGCGAGUGUCCCAAUUGCAAGCGACUAAUCGCGGCGUCCCGCUUUGCACCGCACCUGGAAAAGUGUCUGGGCAUGGGGCGCAACAGCAGCCGCAUCGCUAGCCGCAGGCUGGCCAGCAACAACAACAACAACGUGAGCAAGUCGGAGAGCGACCAGGAAGACAACGACGACCUGAACGACAACGACUGGUCGUACGGCGCCGAGAAGAAAUCCAAGAAGAGAAAGUCAGAUAAGAAUCCAAAUUCACCGCGACGCUCCAAAUCUCUCAAGCACAAAAACGGUGAUCUGGGCAGCAGCAGCAGCAGCAGCAGCAUCUCCUCAGAAGCAUUCAAGUACAAUAACUACAACAACGCCGGGAUCAAUUACGAAACUCUGGGCCCUGAGGAAGUCAGGUCACUGCUGACCACGCAAUGUGGGGUGAUCUCUGAACACACCAAGAAGAUGUGCACCAGGUCUCAGCGCUGUCCCCAGCACACGGACGAGCAGAGGAGGAGCGUCAGGGUGUUCCUCCUGGGGCCGUCCGCGUCGUCCCUCCCUGACCCCGACGCCACGGCCGAGAGCGACGGCUUUGAGCUCCAAGGGGACGGCGGCGGCGGCGGCGGCGGCGGCGGCGGCGGGGCUCACAAUCUCAUCAGCCGCCUGCAGUGGGAAGACUCGCCGGAGAUUUCGCCCACUGACUCCGCCUCAUCCAGAGCCAGCACCAACCAUUCUGACCCUCGUAGGCCGAAGAAGAAGAAGCGGACCUCACUGAUUUUGAACAGCACUUCAGGAGGAGGAGGAGGAGGAGGAGGAGGCGGAGGCGAAGGAACAAGCGGAAGUCUAACAAGUGGCAGCAAUGGAGGCGUCUCGCAGAGUAAUGUUAGCUUGCCCGCCAAAAAAAAGCGCCCCAAACCUCCUGCUCCAUCUAUUUCCAGCAUCUACAAUGACUUGAACUAGCACCAGAGAACAUUUUUCCCCUCCACGUCUCUACGCCUAGGUUCGGAAUGAGGCAUUCAGGUGCAACGCACACACACACACACACACACACACACACACACACACACACAUACAUGCAUUCUUCUGCUCGCUCUACUGCUGUGUGUAUUUCAGGUUUAGUGUAACUCAUGUGAACCGUAUAUGCUAAUUUUGUAUUCUUGUGACAUAUAUUUUGAGUUUUGUUAAGAUUAUCAUGACCUAAUUAUUUGUUGUAAAUGAUGUCACAACACACACACACAUGUAUUUUAUGUAUUUGCACAUGAAACUGUAAUGGUGGUGGAGAUGGACAAGGUAAGCUCAAAUAAUUGUGUCUAUUUUUAUAGUCCUGUGAAGUUUUGUAAAAGUGUUUUGGUGAUGUGAGCUCAAAAUAUUAACACGUGUAUAUAUAUAUAUAAAAGUAU